AUGGACAUGUUCAGGGAAGGAGGUUCUACUAGUCGUCCACCAAUGCUAGAGGGGGCUAACUACCCUUAUUGGAAAACGAAGAUGAGAGCUUUUCUCAAGGCCGUGGAUGAAAGAGUGUGGAUGGUUGUUGAGGAAGGUUGGAUCGCGCCAACGGUCAGAGCUGGUGAAAUCGAAAGAACCAAAUCAAUGAGUGCCUGGACUCCUGCGGAAAUUGAGUUGGCUAACUACAAUUCCAAGGCCAUGCAUGCUCUGUUCAAUGCAGUUUCCACCAAUCAAUUAAAGGUGAUCGCCAACUGUGAGGUUGCCAAGGAUGCCUGGGAGAAAUUGAGGAUCAAGAACGAAGGAACUGAUGCGGUAAAGAAGUCUCGGCUUAGAUCUCUUGCAAAGGCAUUUGAAAAUCUGUCAAUGGACGAGGAUGAAACAGUUGCAGAAUUUCAUGCUAAACUCUGUGACAUCUCUAACGAGUCAUAUGCCUUAGGAAAGACGUACUCCAAUGCAAAAUUAGUUCGAAAGGUUUUGGGAGUCCUCCCACGGCGUUUCAAGUCCAAAGUUACUUCCAUUGAAGAAAUGAGGGAUGUUGAGACAUUGGAUCUUGAUGAGCUGAUCGGAUCAUUACAAAACUAUGAGAUGACCUUGAAGCGGUGGAGCAAGAACAAGAAGCCAAAAGAUUCUGAAAAGGAUAAACCAGAGAGUGGAGUGGCGUUUGUUCACAAAGAAGAAAAAUCCAAAAGUGUAGAUCUAUCUGGAGACAUGUCUGAUGAAACAUUCGCUCUAUUGACCAAAAACUAUGCUCGAUUCCUCAAAAAGAACUUCAAGCAGAAUAACUAUGGCGGGAAGGAAAAUCAAAACAGAAAGCAGUUCUACAACGGUCCCAAACAAGGUCAACAACCUGAAAAGAAAAAUCGUGGCAUCAAAUGUCGUGAGUGUGAAGGUUUCGGUCACAUUCAAGCCGAAUGUGCUAACACACUUAAAAAGAAAAAGGCAUUUGCUGUAACUUGGAGUGACAGCGACGAAGAUAAAGAAGAAAACAGCAGUGGCGAUUCUGAUGGAGAAAAACAAAUGGUGGCAUUCAUGGCAAGAAGCUCAAAAUCCGAAACCUCAGAGGAUGAAGAAUCAUCUGGGUCCGAUGAAGAGAGUCCCCAGAAACAAGAAGCGUAUGAGCAGAUGUUUGCUCAGUGGGGCAGCUCUAAGCAAUUGGAUGAAAAAGAGAGUGAGAUUUACAAGAUCACUGCUGAGCUUGUCCGAGCCAAGCAAUUGUUAGAGUUUAUUCCUCCUGGUACAGCUGCUAUCAAUCAGACGUUACAGCUUCAGAAGCCUUAUGGUGACAGAACCUCAAUUGGAUACAAAAUGUUGUACAAAAAGGGGAAUGAUUUGUCCAUUGAGGAGUCCUCGUUUGUGACAGCCAAAUCUGAUCCCAGCGGCGAUGAGCCUGUAGGUAAGGCUGAUGGAACAGAUGUCAGCAUUAAGAACAACACUGGAGGAAAGCAUAUUUCUGGACACAAAUCUGCCCAAGGUAGCAGAUUUGUUCCCAUCUGCCACUUCUGCAAUAGACGAGGCCACAUUCGUCCCAAGUGCUACAAAUUACAGAAUUAUAUCCAGCUCUUUGUCCAGCGAAAUACAAUAUUUCCGGAUAAGACAUCAAAACGGGAUGAGCGUUUCAAGAGUAAUAGAAACGUAGCUUUGGUGGCUCAUACAUCUCUGGCUGCGUUCAAAGAUGAUAUGUGGUACUUCGACAGCGGUUGCUCGCGUCACAUGACAGGGAAUAAGGAGAUUCUUAUGAACUUUAAGGACAUAAGCGAGGGACUAGUCACAUUCGGGGAUGGAAACAAAGGACAGAUUCUUGGUAAAGGAGAGCUACAAAUCCCGGGAGUCAGUCCACUAUCAGAAGUGCUCUAUGUGAAGGGGCUCAAGGCCAAUCUCAUCAGCAUAAGUCAGCUUUGUGACGCUGACUAUACAGUAAGUUUCUCUAAAACUUGUUGUUUAGUUUCAUUUGAUGGGUGUUCCAUUUUGACAGGAAACAGGACAGCUGAUAAUUGCUAUGCAUUGUCCACUCAAAUCAAGUGUCAACGGGUGUUUUUGGACAAACCUGAUCUGUGGCACUAUCGCUUGGGACAUCUGAACUAUCGAGAUCUCAACAGAAUUGUGAAACGAAAGGCAGUAAGAGGGAUCCCUGAGUUAAAGAUUAAUCGUGACAGACUUUGCGGACCAUGUCAACUCGGGAAACAAAUUAGAGCCUCACAUCCACCAGUGAGUGCUCUUGCAACAUCCCGGGUACUGGAAUUGCUUCAUAUUGACCUCAUGGGGCCCAUGCAGAAUGAAAGUUUAAGCGGCAAAAGGUUUGUCAUGGUCUGUGUCGACGACUACUCUAGGUUCACAUGGGUGGCAUUCAUAAAAGAAAAAUCAGAUACCUUUGGCGUCUUUUCUGCCUUAUGUCUACAACUCCAGAAUGAAAAAUCAACAAAGAUUGUCAAAGUGUACAGAAUCAGAAGUGACCAUGGAAAGGAGUUCGAAAACAGGUUGUUUUCUGAUUUUUGUGAUCAGCUGGGGAUUUUGCAUGAGUUUUCAGCCCCAAAAACCCCUCAACAGAACGGGGUCGUGGAACGAAAGAAUAGGACGCUUCAGGAAAUGGCUAGGGUAAUGAUGGAGGCUAGGAAAAUAACCAAAAGAUUCUGGGCUGAAGCUGUGAAUACAGCUUGCUAUAUCAGUAAUAGAGUACAUCUCAGGACUGGCACUACUCAGACAGCCUAUGAGAUUUGGAAAGAUACUCGACAUACUCAUUACAAGGAUGUCAAGCCCACUGCUUUAUUGGGAAAGGUGCCUCCUGGUACUUUGUCAGAAUGCUCACAAGAAUUCAUAAUGGCUAUCUUAGCAUAUUUCUACUACACUAUGGGCCAGUUUGGUACAGCUGUGCUGUGGGAAAAAGCAGUUGUAGCUGUGCUGUGA